AUGCCCAGCAGAACCGUCCGCUACACCCGCUACAGCCCCCAGCAGCGGCGCCGGCGGCAGCUGGCCCAUCACAGAGUCCGCUUCCCCGACGACGUCCUGUUCCUGGACCACGUCCGCCAGGGCGACCUGCGGCAGGUGCAGCGCUUCCUCCGGGCCCGCAAGGUCGCCCUGGACACCAUCCACCCCUCAGGCCUGGCCGCCCUGCACGAGGCAGUGCUGUCCGGGAGCCUGGAGUGCGUGAGGCUCCUGGUCAGGCACGGAGCUGACGUCCAGCAGCGCGCUGAGGCGGGCUGGACAGCCCUGCACAUCGCCUGCAGCGACGGGCACCCCGAAAUAGCCAGGUACCUCAUCUCCCUGGGGGCCGACCGGGACGCGGCCGCCGAGGACGGCACCCUGCCCUCCGACCUCGUGGAUCCCGACUGCGCGGAGCUGGCAGAGCUCUUCCGAGGGAACCGAGCGGUUCUGGACCGGCCGCCGCUGGGGUGUGGCCAGCGCCCAGCCGCACAGAAGCCUCCUCCUGAUCUGGGGUCUCGGGCCGCUGCCAAGCAGGCGGCACCUGUGGGCGUGCAGAGGCUCGUGAAUAAAGGCAGUGGCACCCGCGGCCGCCUGGUCUGUGCCCCGCGCCCGUGCGAGGUGGGCUCGGAGCCCAGAUCCGUCUUCACGGGGGACGGAGGGGAGCGGGGCCCCCAGAGGGAGUCUGGCGCAGCGUGCACCAGCCUAGCUCCCAGCCGAGCGUGUCCCGGGGCCGGAGGACGCUCUGGGCGUGGAGCCGGGGGGCGCUGGCUGCUGCUGGCCCGGGCCACUCCCUGCAGUCACGGGGUCCGGCCUGGGCGUCUGCUGGGCCUCGGGGACCCUGGUCUUGGGCGGGGCCUGCGGCGUCCCGGCUACAGCUCCCUGCAGGCCCCUGGGGGGCUGCAGGCUCAGCUCAGUGGAGUGGCCCUAAGGCGGCAGCAGCUGCUGAGGCAGGUGGGCCAGGUGGAGGGUCCCUGA